AUGCGACGCGCUCCCCAAGGGCUAUUCGCCCGUCGAACGUGGAUUUGUGUCCAGUGCAGAGCCCACUCCGUCGCCGCCGCGCGCUCUGCGAAUCCCAGCGCUGGCAAGAAGAGUAAUGGAAAGCUCCCCGAUACGCCUGCUCGGACGCGUUUUGCACCAUCUCCUACCGGUUACCUCCAUCUUGGAUCAUUGAGGACGGCGCUGUUCAACUAUUUGCUGGCCAGGAGAACGGGCGGUCAAUUCCUUCUCCGCAUCGAAGAUACCGAUCAGAAAAGGACAAUCCCGGGCGCGGAGGAGAGAUUAUGCGAAGAUUUACAUUGGGCUGGGUUGCAAUGGGAUGAGGGACCUACCGUUGGAGGUCCGCAUGGCCCGUAUAGACAGUCAGAGCGGACAUCCCUCUAUCGAACCCACGCCCACGAGUUAAUAUCGAACGGCCAUGCAUACCGCUGCUUCUGCAGUCCCGAGCGACUGGAUACCCUUGCGAGACAUAGGAGCCAGGCAGGACUUCCUCCUGGAUAUGAUCGGACGUGUGCCAAUCUGUCAGCAGAGGAAUCGGAGGAAAGGGCCGCAAAGGGUGAAGCACAUGUCGUACGGUUGAAGGCAGACGGAUACCCCAUGUUUGAGGACCUUGUGUAUGGAAAGACUGGUCAGAACCGCCAGAAGCACAAAGUAGACUUCAUCGACCGUAUAUACGACGAUCCGAUCUUACUGAAGUCCGACGGUCAUCCUACUUACCAUCUGGCCAACGUGGUAGAUGAUCACACCAUGAAGAUUACGCACGUUAUUCGUGGUACUGAAUGGAUGCCCUCAACUCCAAUGCAUAUGGCUCUGUACGACGCUUUCAAAUGGACGCCGCCCAAGUUCGGCCAUGUUCCACUGUUGGUGGACAAGAACGGGCAGAAGCUGAGCAAGCGCAAUGCCGACAUUGAUAUCUCAUUCUUCAGAGAUAAGCAGGGAGUCUUGCCUGCGACUCUUGUGAACUUUGCUGCUCUGCUGGGAUGGUCGCAUACUCAGAAAUCAGACGUAUUCUCCCUUGAUGAGCUGGAACAGAUUUUCAACCUGAAAAUCACGAAAGGGAACGCAGUCGUCGCCUUCGAGAAGCUCUGGUUCCUGCAGAAGGCGCAUGCGCAACGGUACGCCACGACUGGUGGUCCUGUAUUCGAGGGAAUGGUUUCCAAGGUGUCAGAAGCUGCGAACAAUACAUGCCCGAUAACGGAACUUGGUCCAAUCCUACAAGGCCGUACGCUUCCUGAGUACGUGACACCAUUGCUUCGCGCAGACGCGAAAUCCUACACCAACGCCCAGGAGUUCGUCGAGCGCAAUCGCUCAUUCUUCACACCUACUCUCGACCGGGCACCAUACACACCAACGUCUAGCAAGAACCCCUCGACAACGCCUGGUUCUGAAACGCCCACCGUUCCCAUUUCCGCCCUCCACACCGCAGCAGCAGCAUUCAGCCUCGUUCCCGAAUCCCACUGGAACGCAGAAACCCACCGCUUCAACAUCUCCUCCUACGACGGCGCCUCCGCCCUCUCAGACACAACAUCAUCUUCUUCAGUCUCCGCACCCGAUGCAGCAACACCAGAAGAGGCAGAAAAGGCCCGCAUCGCCGCAGACAAGACCUUCAAGAAAGAACUAUAUCAUUACCUCCGCUGGGCUUUAUCCGCCGGUGCCCCUGGACCCGGUAUCCCUGAGACGAUGGAGAUUCUCGGACGGGCAGAGAGCGUGAAAAGACUCGAUGAAGCAAGACUUUUGACCACAGACGAAAGUUCCAAACGAGGUCUUUUCAGGGGAAAUCGGAGACCGAAGGGUGUGGAUCUCGAUGGUGAUACCUCGUGGAUGGGCUCGCUUGCGCCGCAGUAGCGAGAUCAGGAUUUGAAGGGAAAAAAGAAGGAAGAAGAAAAAGAGACAGAAAGUGAAAUGAUAUGAUAGGGCUACAGAUCUUCUCUCUGUAUUAUUAUUAUAGAUGAAUCAACUGGAAAAAUCUUGUACUAUAUACUAUACUUCCUUUUUUUCAAU